AUGGCUCAGCUGUACUACAAAAGAAGUGACAAUGCACCAUAUAGAGAUCGAAUUUCUCUUCGCAUUGUGAGAGCAGAAUCUGAACUCUCUCCUGCAGAGAAGAGUUACCUAAGUGCUGUCGAGAAAGGUGAUUAUGCAAGUGUCAAGCAAGCACUUGAAGAAGCUGAAAUUUACUUUAAAAUCAACAUUAAUUGCAUUGAUCCUCUGGGACGGACUGCACUUCUCAUAGGCAUUGAAAAUGAGAACUUGGAAAUCAUUGAACUUCUUCUGAGUUUUAAUGUGUACGUAGGAGAUGCUCUUCUACAUGCCAUCAGGAAGGAAGUUGUUGGAGCUGUUGAACUACUAUUAAAUCAUAAGAAACCUAGUGGAGAAAAGCAAGUCCCACCAAUACUACUGGAUAAACAGUUUUCAGAAUUUACACCAGAUAUUACACCAAUAAUUCUUGCUGCUCAUACCAACAAUUAUGAGAUAAUAAAGCUUCUUGUUCAAAGAGGAGUUUCCAUACCACAGCCUCAUGAAGUUCGUUGUAACUGUGUUGAGUGUGCUUCCAGCUCAGACGUUGACAGUUUGCGUCAUUCCCGAUCAAGGUUGAACAUAUACAAAGCUUUAGCAAGCCCAUCUUUGAUUGCUUUGUCAAGUGAAGACCCCUUUCUUACUGCAUUUCAUUUGAGCUGGGAGCUUCAGGAACUAAGUAAAGUAGAAAAUGAAUUUAAAUCAGAAUAUGAAGAGUUAUCACAUCAAUGUGAAUCAUUUGCUAAAGAUUUAUUGGACCAAACAAGGAGCUCCAGAGAAUUAGAAAUUAUCCUUAAUUAUAGAGAUGAUAAUAGCAUUCUGGAAGUUCAGACUGCAAAUGAUCUUUCCAGGUUAAAGUUGGCAAUUAAGUAUCAUCAGAAAGAGUUUGUUGCUCAGCCAAACUGUCAACAGCUUCUUGCUUCUCGCUGGUAUGAUGAGUUUCCUGGCUGGAGACGGCGACAUUGGAUUGUUAAAUUCGCAACCUGCAUCAGCAUUGGAUUGUUAUUUCCGAUUUUUUCUGUGUGCUACUUGAUAGCACCGAAAAGCACAUUAGGCCUUUUUAUUAGAAAACCAUUUAUUAAGUUUAUCUGUCAUACUGCAUCAUACUUGACCUUUCUUUUUCUGCUAUUAUUGGCUUCUCAACACAUUGACCGAACAGAUUUAAAUAUGCAAGGUCCUCCACCGACUACGGUUGAAUGGAUGAUACUGCCCUGGGUACUAGGUUUCAUUUGGGCUGAAAUAAAGCAAAUGUGGGAUGGUGGACUUCAAGAUUACAUACACGACUGGUGGAAUCUCAUGGAUUUUGUGAUGAAUUCUUUAUACCUAGCAACAAUUUCUCUUAAAAUUGUUGCUUUUGUGAAGUACAGUGGUUCACGCCAGCGUGAAGACUGGGAAAUGUGGCAUCCCACCUUAGUUGCUGAGGCAUUAUUUGCCAUCGCAAAUAUCUUCAGUUCUCUUCGCUUAAUCUCCCUGUUUACUGCUAACUCUCAUCUGGGGCCCCUGCAAAUAUCUCUUGGACGUAUGCUCUUGGAUAUUCUGAAAUUCUUGUUCAUAUACUGUCUGGUGCUACUAGCUUUUGCAAAUGGACUGAAUCAGUUGUACUUUUACUAUGAGACAAAUGCAUCAGAGGAACCGAAUAACUGCAAAGGGAUAAGGUGUGAAAAACAGAACAAUGCCUUUUCAACGUUAUUUGAGACUCUCCAAUCACUGUUCUGGUCAAUCUUUGGUCUCAUUAACCUAUAUGUGACUAAUGUGAAAGCGCGACAUAAAUUCACAGAGUUUGUUGGAGCCACUAUGUUCGGAACAUACAAUGUUAUUUCUCUAGUGGUUUUGCUGAACAUGUUGAUAGCAAUGAUGAACAAUUCUUAUCAGCUUAUUGCGGAUCAUGCAGAUAUUGAGUGGAAAUUUGCAAGGACAAAGCUUUGGAUGAGUUAUUUUGAAGAAGGUGGAACUCUUCCAACUCCCUUUAACAUCAUUCCAAGUCCAAAAUCUGUCUGGUAUCUAUUGACAUGGAUAAGAAAUCAUUUAUGCUUCAAACUUUUCUGUAAGCAAAAGCGAAGGAAACCGGAAAGUCUUGGGUCUCUUGGGAGGCGUGCAGCUAACAAUCUAAGACGAAAUCACCAGUAUCAGGAUGUUAUAAGAAAUUUGGUGAAAAGAUAUGUUGCAGCAAUGAUCAGAGAUGCCAAAACUGAAGAAGGGCUGACUGAAGAGAAUUUCAAGGAACUGAAACAGGAUAUUUCCAGCUUCCGCUAUGAAGUUCUGGGUCUCCUGAAAGGGAACAAGCUCCCUAGUGUACAGGCUUCCAGCUUUAGCACAGCAUCCAGAAUAUCAGAUCUAAAUGAAGAUCAAACAACUGAGCACGUGACUGUUUCUAAAAAGAUAACACGUGCAAAUGAACAGAAGAAUAAGCUAAGCUUUUAUGACUUGACAUCUUUAGUUUGUCCAAAACCAAUGUCUAAAAUAUCUGAUUCUCCAGCAUCUUGCAAUACCUUAAGCAAUGGAUCAACUCCAAAAGCAACUGAUGUACCUAAGGAAAAGCAAAGCAGUAAAAGUAUUGUUAAAGACUCUAUCAAAAAUUUAGGAUUUUUUCGAAAAAGAACAAAGCCGUGCAAUGCAGAACAGAAUUGUAAUAAGAUUUACACAGUUUCUGAGGAAAUUACACAAGAGGAAAACCUACUGAAAAACAGAGGAAGGUCCAACAAUGAAGGUGUAAGAGACUUGGAGCAAACUUUGGUCAGCAACACUGACUCAGAUGUGAAAGACUUAAAAACAAGUAAUAUGUGGAAAUCAGAUAAAGGAGAAAAGAAUGUAUUUUCACAUAGACAAUCAUCAGAUGGCACUACCAGUGCUCAUUCAUUAGAAACCUCAGAGGAUACUCUGACAAAAGAAUCAGGGAAUGAAGAUGGCGUGAAUCAAUGGACUGUGACGCAGGGUGAUUAUGUGACAACUAGAUUAUAA